UUUAAUAUUUUGAGCAAUUUUUUAUUUGCAGAAGAAAAAAAAUCAGUUUCUUUUGCUUCAGAGAUGGAGAAAAAUAUGGAAUCGUCCUCGCUUAUUGAUUUGAAGGCAGAGUUAUAUCGCAAACAAGAAGAACUUAAACAGGAAAAACUGCUCAAGGGGAAUUACAUCAAAGCCAGACCAACUGAAAAGAAACUCAAUAUAUGGGACAAGAAAAACAUAGGUGUGCUUGAGAGAGCCCAAAAAGAUCUGGAAGCAAAAGCAGAAGAAGAAGAUGACUUGGAAAAAUCAAGGAAAGCACUUGAAGCCAAGUCAAAACUGUAUGAAAAGUUAACAGAUCCUCAGAACUUACCAGAUGAAUUAGAGGAAAGUCCUUACCUGGUAGACUUUGAGCAGAAAGCCAUUUAUGAUUUUCAUGUAAAGAAGAGGGAAAGAGAGAGCAAGGAAAGAGAAGAAAAAGAAGGGAGUGACCCUCCUCCAAGCAAUCCUGGAGAAGAAUGGGUUGAUUAUCUUGACUCACUUGGUCGGACUAGGAGGUGCAUGAAAAAAGAUCUUCCUAAAUUCAUGGAAAUGGACAGGGAACUGGGAAACGAGCCAGGGCAAUGCUCCAGUGGGGGUACCAGUGUGAAGUUUGAUGCCAAGGGGAUGCCUGAUCUGCUAUCAUCUGACAUGUACCGCCAGAUGCUGAGAGAGAAGUGGGAGAAAGAAGAGAAGGAAGCCAUGGAGAAACCAACCGGACCUGUACACUAUGAGAAUAUCCGUUUUGAUGAGGUCCGAAAUCACGGCACUGCUUACUACAAGUUUGCAAAGGAUGAGGAACAAAGGAAGGAACAAAUGAAGACGUUGGAUGAUCUUCGAAAUCAGACAGAGAAUCAGCGUGCCCAGCGAGAGAAGGUGAAGGAGAAGCGGAAGGCUUUGAAGGCAGAGAGGCUGAAAAAAGUCAAGAUGAGGAAGAGGAUGAAGAUGGGAUUAGAUCCUCUGCCAUCUGAUGAGGAAGAAGAAAAGGAUAGCGAUGAAGACAGUGAGGAGAAGGAAAAAGAAGAAUUCAUUGGUCCGUUACCAAAGGAAGAGAAAGAGGCAUCAGAGAGGGAGUGGGACAAAGGAAAAACAGAUGAAGACAGCUCUUGGAACUGGGCAAGACAAAUGGACAGAUUACGUGACGAGAGACCAUCAGAGUUUGCUCCACCACCUUCGUAUGACUACGAUACGUACAAACCUCGUUCAUCAAAAUGGGAUAAAAGAUCACAAGAAUUUGCUCCCCCGCCUGAUUAUUACAAAGACUCUUCCAGUCAUUCUAAGCCCAAUACAAGUGGAACAGGACAGUUAAGUGGAACUGCUAGUAGUUCAUUCAGAGAAGGCAGAAAAAAUGAGUUCCCUCCACCACCAACUUAUUCAGAUGACUCGGACAUUGAUCGGACUUUGAAAUUUUUCAAAAAUGCCUCAAAAAGUUAGCACUGAAACCCUCUGGCUCAUCUUAAAGGAUUUUUUAAACCACCGCGCUCUUCCUGAUCUUUCAAGUGUCAAUACUAAUUCCAUUGUAUGUUUAGCAUUCUGUAUCCAGUUUUCCCUGGUUUGGUUUGAAUAAAUUAAUCAUUCACAAAAUCUUCUUCCUCUUAUCAAAAUAAAGAAUGUUUAUUACAA